AGCCGCCACUUCGCGGGCGGAAGCGGCCAGCGGGGGUGAUCGCGGAGCCAAAGUCAAGCGAUGAAAGAUCUGCUGGUCGGUAUCUUCGCGGACUCCACGGUGCCGGAGCAGCUGCGCAAGCCCUCGCUGAGCUCGGUUCAGCCCAGCUUCGUGGAGUACGGGGACGGCCUGGUGCUGGCCAAGGGCUUCGACAUGGAUCGCGCCCUGCAGGACUACGAGGAGACGCUGCAGGACAUGCUCGAGAACGGCGGCUUCGCGAACCCUGCGGUGGGCCAGAUCUGCGCGGGCCUGGCGUCGCUCUACGACGCCAAGGCGGGCAUCUCCAAGGAUGCCAAGUUCUAUGAUCGCGCAGUGGAGUACAUCGCCAUGAUGCAGCAAGCCAUGCAGUCUGGAAUGGGGGAGGCUGCCAUGUAUGAUCCCACCUUUCUGCACCUCGAGGGUCGUAAGCAAAAGAUCCUCCGGAAGAAGCAACGGCGCCUGGCGAAGGGCCCUCCUGGGCCGGAGCUGCAGCAGCUGUUGAACCAGCGCCCCGAGCGCCGCAAGGAGUGAGC